AUUACGUCACUAAUUUUUCUAUAUAAGCUUUGAAUUUUUAAAGAAUUUUUAACUUUUGGGAAAAUUUACUUAUUUUUUUUAUCAUGAUGCUGACAUCAAUAAUUUACGUUUCCUUUUUAUUCGUCUACAGUGUGGUAGCAGAAACAGAAAUCGACUGUACGUAUCGACAAUCGGAUGGAGUUAAAUUGCCUGGAACAUGUAUAAAACCUGGUAAAUGUGCAAAAAUAUAUCCUGAAUUAGAUGUACUAUUCCCUUGUAAUGAUAACAAAUCCCAACAGCAAGGAUUAUUUUGUUGUCCAAAGUCAAUGGAAGAAGUUACAGCAGAAAUCAAUUGUCGAUAUUCACGAAAAGGAAAAACAAUCCCAGGAAUUUGUGUUCAGUCUAAUUUAUGUAAUAUUCCCUCAUUAAAUAACUUAGUAUUGCACGAAUGUCAUGAGAAUGAAUCUGAGAGACAAGGAUUAAUUUGUUGUCCAAAGGAUUCUUGAUAAGAUUACUAUACCAUGAGAAGAAGUUUAAACUUUAAAAAUCACAAACAAAAAAUACUAAAUGAAAUAUUAUAAGAUAGAAAUGAAAAUUAUAAAUAUGUACAAUUAUGCUAAUUUUGUAAUUAUUAUAUAUAAAAAAAAAACAAAUUUUUAAAAAAUAA